GAGAGAAAGAGCAGCCGUGAGACCAGCGGGGCCUGCGCCAACAAUAAGCACAGUGGAAUUGUCAGGUAACGACAUUGUCUUAAGGAGGAAUGAUAUCGAUGGUGACAGUGACGAUGCGAUGGCUCCUGCACUGGUACUUGAGGCUAUCAAUAUUCAGGAUAUGAUGAUUCAUUACUAUGUGGCGCACCUAAUCGGCUGCCGGACAUGCAUGAUGAUAUCCCGCACGGAACGGGGGAAUGCAUAGUAUGAAGGCUUAUUUCCGCGCUGAAGAUCCAUUCAACCGCAAGAUGCGCUCAAAUGAGAGCCCACGGGAUUGCUGGCUAGCACUCCUGAAAUCAGGAGAUGAAUUUGCUGAUGUACUUCCGAUUAUCGCAAUCAAAAUGUUCUCUGCAGUUCCUAUUUCUAUGGCAGACGAACGCACCAUGUCAACCAUCACAUGGUUGAACUCUCCUCGUCGUGCUAAUCAAAAUCUCGAAACACUGCAAAACCAUAUCAAAAUUCGACAGUGGCAUCGUUAUAAACCUGAGUGCACAGCAUCAGAUAUGGAUAUGGCUGAGGACCUUCCGCUCCCUGGACGCCGUCCACCUCAACCAAGACCCUUCAACUCCAAUCCACCCAAUGAUGCUGGUGAUCCCAGAUUUCCUGAUGAUGGUGCUGAGUGGCUGAAUGAUGAGCGAGGACUGCCGAGUGAGUUUGAAAAGGUUGAUGGCUCAUACUUCUUGCUUGGAGGGGCAAAUGCAGAUAUUGAGUUGCGCUCUCCCUAUCUCUGGGACUUCCUGGAUGAAACACCCCGAAAUGUGAAUUCCCACGCCAAGGUGUUAACAACAUCGUCCAUUGUUGUGUCGUCAUUGUCGUUAGAGGCACUUCCUGAUGCAACAGCCUGGGAUGUAUGGCCGUAG